AUGGCUAUAGUGUCUACGACAUCUAUUAGCGGCACGAACUCUGGGCUUCAAAUAGGGCGAAAUCAUGGCCAUAUCACUGCACAGUUUCAUCCCACCACUGAACAAUUUGAAAUAUCAGCAACCCGAGCCUGCCUACGGGAUUUGCAAACGACCAAUCCUCGUCAUGACAAGUAUCGUAUCGAGAAGGAGAAGGGUAGACUACUCAAAGACGCAUACAGCUGGAUCCUCGAUCAUGCUUAUUUCAAACGAUGGCGCUAUCAGGAACAGAGUCAACUGCUCUGGAUCAAAGGGGACCCUGGCAAGGGUAAAACGAUGCUCUUAUGUGGAAUCAUCAAUGAGCUGACUACAUUCGCUCCUGAUACUGCCACCGUGUCCUUCUUUUUCUGCCAGGCCACUGACGUACGGAUAAACCACGCCACUGCAGUCCUUCGCGGCCUUAUCUUUAUGCUGGUUGACCAGCAGCCAUCCCUUAUCCCCCAUGUACGGCGACCGUAUGACAAAACUGGGAAGCAGGUCUUUGAGGAUGUUAACGCGUGGGAAGCUUUGUCGGAAAUUUUCACUAGCAUCCUCGAGGACCCGCUGUUGCAGACCACCUAUUUAGUCAUCGAUGCUCUCGACGAAUGUACUACGGGUUUAGAUCGACUUCUUAAACUCCUCUCCCAGAAAUCAUCAGCAUAUCCACAUGUCAAAUGGAUCGUCUCGAGCCGUAACUGGCCAGCUAUCGAAGAGAUUCUUGACGUUGCGACCCAAAAAACAAAGCUCUGUCUUGAAUUAAACGAGACGUCUGUCGCUGAGGCUGUCGCCGCCUUUAUCCACUAUAGGGUUCAGGAAUUGGCAGAAAAGAAGAAAUAUACUAGUGAAAUCCGUGAUACUGUUUCCCAACACUUAUUGUCAAACGCACAUGGUACCUUCCUCUGGGUAGCCUUGGUUUGCGAGAAACUCACCAACGUCCCGAAAAGAAACGUUCGGAAGAAGUUAGAAGAAUUCCCUUCUGGCCUUGAUGAGCUUUAUAAGCGAAUGUUAGGUCAAAUUAGCGAGUCGGAUGAUGCUGAAAUAUGCAAGUCUCUACUCAGCGUUAUCACGGCCGUUCACCGCCCUAUCACGUUGGACGAAUUAGCAUCCUACAUCGACUUACCGGAAGAAAUCGCAGACAAUUCUGAUCUAGCAGAGAUUAUAGGGAUUUGUGGCUCUUUCCUAACACUCCGAAGACGCACAAUCUCUCUAGUUCAUCAGUCAGCCAAGGACUUUCUGCUUCGAGAAGCAGCCCAUGAGAUUUUCCCCGACGGAGAAGACAGUGUACACUCUUCCAUUUGCUCAAAGUCAUUACUAGCAGCCAUUGCCAGGACGCUACGACGCGAAGGUGGCCGGGUUGACCCCGUGGCUAUGACCCUCGAAGUCCAGUGGACCUUCGCAUUUGGGUUCCAGAAACAAUCGAAGAGUGUUGGUGCCGACACCGAUUUUCGGAAGUACUGUAUACCGAGCAAAGAUAUUCAAUCAGACGACGUUGAACAGAAUGAAAUCCCCAUCCUCAUUUUCUCCCAGCACCAACUCAUCGACUACCUCAACUGCUUCCUCAACAACGGGUAA